AUUCGGUCUUGUUGAGGUUUUGCGUGUUUCUAUAAAACUAUUCAAGAAUUCAUAAAAGUUUUCAUGAUGACAGCUUCAUCAAAACCAUAGUAAACUCAAGUAGUAUAAGGAAAAAUAUUAUCUGACUAUUCCGUAACUCGUAACAACAGAUCCGACAGUUUUGAGAGCUCCAAUUAAUUCACUUCAAGAGAUUCUAUUCUCUUAUUUUUUGUUUAGCUCUUUUAUUCACUAACUCAUCUCCUUACUGAUCCCUUAGGUCAAUUUCAUUCCAAUAAGACUCUGGUCGCUUUAAUUCCUUUGUUAGUUUGCGCAAUCACAUUAUUUCAUCCUAUCGUUUGUGUGCAGAAUUUGUAAUGUCCAAGUCAUUAUCUGUAAAAACCGGAAAAUGACCAAAUGCAAAUGAUAAGGUAUUUUUGUUGGUUUUCACAGUGUCUUGCUGAUGCGUUCAGCGCUCAUCAGCUAUUGAUAAAAAAUUAUUGAUCAAAAUAUGUCGUAUCUCGAAUUUUCAAAGUCUUCGCGCUUACAAAAUUUAUCGAACAAGGAUCUCAAAAAACUUAUAAGAAAUAAUGAAUACUAUGCAAGUUGCUACAUAGUAAUACAUGAAGAAAACUUUGAGGGGAUGGAUAUACUGAAUUUGUCUGAAAAUAAAUUGACUGCAUUAAAGUUACCACAAUGGUUAACACAAAAACUCAUUUCUCUAAAAGAAACCCUUAUCAAGAAUCCAGAAAUACUUCUACAAUCAGAAGAAGAAACUCAAAGAGAAGAUCACAGGAAGAAUGUCUGGAUUACGGACUCAUUGCAAAAUAGUAAAACACCAUUCAGAAAGACAUCGACAACUAUAAAAAAACCGAAUAUAGAUUUCACUUAUGAUGAAGAUAAUUAUUUGAAUCCAAAUUCUAUGAAACGACCAAAAGAAAUGAACUCAGAGAAGAUAGAACAGAAAAAAAGCGGAUUACUAAAAUUUUCCUAUCGAAGAAGUCCAGAAGUACCUUCCACUCCGCAAAGAAAACCAGAAGUAAUACCACGUUCUGAUGAGAACGUCGAAGAGAAUACAUAUGAACCUCCUCCAAGACAUGCAUCAACUCUUCCAGUUCAGUCUAAGACACUACCACCACCACCACCACCUGAAGACCUAGCUGAUGAAUAUGAACUUCCGCCAAGGUUUGGGCCCAAACAAAUCGAAUCUAUAGAUCCAAUAGAUUAUGAUUACAUAGAAACACAAAAAGAAGAGAAACCUUUAAAACGCAAAAAGUCAACAUUCUACAUCGAUAGUGAUUUUCCACCUCCAUUUCCAGAUGAACCAAUUCCUCGUAGAACAGAAAUUACAAAAACUACGGGUUUUUCUCUUUACAUGAACACAAAUGAAAGUCACACUAAAAUUGUUUCCAAUGGAGGUAAACAUUUUAGACCAUCCUCGGCAAGAAGACCACUUCCGCCUCUACCAACUGAUGCCAAUCAUUCUUUAAAUAAAAAAACUACUAAUAGAGUGGUGAGGAAUAAAGACUUCGAAGCGGAACACGAGGCUUCCGAGAGUGAAACUCCUGAAACAGAAACUUUGCCAGAAUACGGAAACACUACUGAAUUAAUAGAGAAAACAUCAAUUAAAACCAGUAAAAUUUCGACCGAUAAAAAUGGUUUUCUAAAUAGUUUGAAAUCUACAAUUAGUCAAAGAAAAAAUUAUCUCGGCGAUAAAGGCUCCAGAGAAUUACAAGAAAAGGUACAAAACAGACUUGGAAAUAGUGAAAUUAAUAGAAAUGAUUCUAAAAGGGAGAAACAUUCCUCAAGAUUGCAAUUGGACCUACCCAAACCACCUAACGCAUUACCAAAACAUGUGCAAAGUUCGUAUUUCGGAGAGAUUCCUGAUAAUGGUGGGGAAGAUGAAAGUUCAGAAAGCCUUCCCGACUACUGCAACACUGAUGAAACCAAAACGAAACAAACAACCAGCAAAACCCAACAAAGUCUGCUGGCACAAGAAAUAACCAUGACGAAGCUCAAAUCCAGUAAAUCAAAAACUGGAUUCGGUAAUUUUUCAGAUAAAAGAAUGGAUGUACAAGAGAAACGUACAACUACCAAACAGCCUGUAAGUUGGAAACAUCAUGGCGAACUUGAGGUGGGAGAUUUAGAGAAUGACCAAGAAACACUUCCGGAAUACGGAAACACAUUUGAACAUACGGGAAUUGCCUUUAAACAAACAGAGAAAACAUCAAUACAGAAUAAGAAGAGUCCUAUAACUGACAAGGGUUUUCUUAAUUCUUUGAAAACCAAAAUUAAUCGAAGAAAAUCAAAUACUUUUCUCGAUGAUGAGAGCUCCAGAGAGUUGCAAGAAAAAAUACAAUAUAGGCUUGGAAAUAGAGAAACUAAUAUGAAUGAUUCUAGAAACGAGCAAUCCUCAUCAAAAUUUCAAUCGAAUCUACCCAAACCUCCUAUUACAUUACCAAAGCAUGGUGAAAGUGCGUAUUCUGGUGAUACUUGUGAUUAUGGUAACGAAGAUGAGAAUCCGGGCCAGAAAAAUGUGAGUCAACUAGCAUUAGAAAUAUCACGGAAAAAACUCAGACCCGCAACACCAAAAAAGGAAUUCCAGAAUAUCCAAGAAAAAAGAAUGGAUGACAAACCCAAACCUUCUGCUACCGAACAACCGUCAAGUUGGAAGUCUCAUUACAAAUCUGAAGAGGGCACUUCCGAACAAGAUGGUCAAGACUUUCGAGGUUUGUCAACACCAACCGAAAAUUUUAAAUUGGAUCACCUCGCUGAUGAACUCCGAAAUUGGUUGAAAAAGAGGAGACAAGAAGAGGAUCACAUUGAAGAUGGUGAAUUUGAACAAGAUGAUGAAUUCGAACAAGAUGACGAAUUCGAACAAGAUGAUUUCGAACAUGAUAAUUAUGAUGUAGGGGGAGCACAUAGAGAUUUACUUAAUUUCAACAACGAGCCUUUCUACAGGAAUACUGACCGAAAAGGUGCGAUAGAAUUACUUAAUGAUUUGGAAGAUGGAGCAUUCCUAUUGCGACCGAGCAGAAAGUUUUUCCUAUCAAUCACAAUAAAGAAAAACGCAAAAUAUUUCAAUUUAGGUAUCGAGAGAACACCAAACAAUAAAAUCACCUGUGGAGAAGGAUCCAUGAAAUCGCCAGAAUUUGACUCUUUCAAAGAAUUUCAAGACUAUUUUGAACAUUCUCCCCUUCUAGUCCAGAGUGAAAGAGGUUUAGAGGAAGUAUAUUUGAGAAAAGUUUUGCCUCCAAAUAGAUAUUAAUCAGUGUAUAAGUUAUUACCUAUGUAUAUAAUAUUAUAUAUGAGAAAAUAAAAUAAUAUAUUAUUAGUA